AGUAAUGUGAAAGACAUGGGACAUGCAGAUGAAAAGACAGAAGGUGAAAGUAAGGUAUUGGAGACGGGGAAAGAAGGUGAUCAGACUGUGGAAAAGGAGUUUCUGAAAGACCAAGUACAGAUAAAGCCCUCUUCUAAGGAAGUUGUAGACUGGACAGACGUCAAGGAAGCGGAGAUUAAAGAGGAGAUCCACAAUGAUGUGUGUGAGGACCAUCAGGACAUUACAGUGACCAAAUCUGUUUUGAGGGACUCCAAAAAUGAAGACAGUGUCACCCUGAAGGACUGUAAGACCAACUCGGCAUACUUUCCUCUCAAAGUUUCCUCUCUUGAUGAAGCCACAGUAGCAACAAACACUGGGGUUGAGACUAAAGAGCUGAUCCAAAAUUAUGUGGCUGAGUACCAACAGGACAUUACUGUGACUGAAUCUAUUUUUAGUGACCCAAAAAUUAAGGAUGAAGAUAUUUCGCUUAAGGACACUAAGACCAACUCUGCAUGCUUCCAGGAGAUUACAGUUGGCCAACAAACACUGGAAGAGAGAAAUGAGAAGGACAAAGGGCAAAAUAGACUAGAAGAAGAGAGAAAGAAGAUGGAGGAGCAAGAAAAGAAAUGGGUGGAAGAGGAAAUAAGAAAGGGAGAGAUGAUCAUAAUGGAGGAGCAAAUGAAGAGAGAGGAAGAGAAAAGAAGGGUGGAGGACGAAAGAAAGGAAGAGGCUGUGAGGUUGGAGAUGAACAGAGAGAGAAUGGAGGAAGAAAAAAAGAUGAUGGGUGCAAACAAUGACGAUAAUCUGUUAAGGAUUCAGGAAGAGGAGAGAAUGAGAGCUCUGGAAUUAGAAAAGAGGAACAGAGUGACAGACGAACAGCUAACAGACACCUGGACAGAAGCAGUGAAUUUAGAAGUGACAUACUCAGAUGAUGAGGACUGGAUAGACUCUGAACGUGAUAAUGAAAUCAAGAUCCAGACAGAUGAGAAGCAGCAGGACCUUGAGAGUGAGUUGGAGGAGAGCAUUGAUAAAGAACUGAGCCAUGGAGAGCACAGUGACAUAGAGAAUAAACUGGCAGAGAAAGAGGUUGAGAGAAGCCCAACUUCUAUGGCAGAGCAGUCUGGAAAAUCAUCAGUCCAAGAUGAAGAACACUUGCGGAGCCCUGAAGUGACAGCACAUGCAAACCCACAGCAUACUCAAUAUAUGAAGUCACCAUUGCCAGAUCUCUCAUCUCCUACAGAAAAUAUGGCAUCACAAACCCUACCUCCACGACAGGAUAAACUCACAGAUUCAGUGGAUGGGGAAACCUUCUGUGAAAAGCAGGAAUAUUCAGAUUAUGACGGUGGGACGGAGUCUGAGAAGUUGAACAAUGAAGGUAAGAUCCAGAAAGCUCAAGAGAUCCAGACGGAGGACAUUGACCACAAGUCUGAGGACAGCAUAGUUGAAGAACUGAGCCAAGAUGAUCAGAGUGACAUUGACAUUGAGGCGGUACAUUUAGUGGAGGUUGAAAGCAACAUCAGCAGCUUCACAAAUAUGAGGAAACCAGCGGCAUGCGCAGCAGUACUGGAGGACCAGUCUGGGCAACAGUCAGCAAAGCCAAAAGACAUGGCAAAGGAACAGAAGGAUGGUGAUAUGAAGGCAGACAUAUUGUGGGUGGAAGAACAAGGGAAGAUAGUUCAAGAAAACAGCCAGAAGCAUAAGACAAAACAGGAGCAAGAGACAAUGAAGUUAAAUAUGGGCAGAGAAAGAAUGGAAGAAGAGAUAAAGAUGAUGGAUGCAGAACAUGAUAAAGCCAAUAUGUCAAGGAGACUGGAAGAGAAGAGUAUGAGUGCUCUGGAAGAAGAAGAGGAGAAGAGGAGAGUAAAGGAGGAAGUUGAGACAGAGAUGGUGAAAGGACAUCCCUCCCCUGCAGAAAAGUUAGAGUCUGAUGAUAAAGUCUUGAGAGUUCCUGCAGAAUGUGAAAAAGAAGGAAAGAAAGGCAGGAAUAAAGGCAAGGAGAUCCUGACGGAGGACAAAGAACAUAUGUUGAAGCCUGAAAAGACAGCACAUGCAAAUUCAGAGAAUAUUCUACUGAAGUCACCUUUACAAGGAGAUCACCUCUCUCCCAUUGUGGAAAAGGUGACAUCAAAACCUUUGGCACCAUUACAAGACAUGUGCAAGCAUCAGCUAGAUGAUGGUUCUAAUGCAGCAAUGGAUACGGAAUGCAUGAGGAAGCAAAAGAAAAAGGCAAAAGACACAAGAAAAAGAAACAUACAGGCUGAAAAAAGGAAAUACGAUGGGCCCUUCAGGACGAGCAGGAAUAGGAGCAAAGAGGGCCAGCAAGGAGGGAAAUGUGUCAUGGAGAAGAAAAAAAACAGAGGAAUAACCACGCUCAUGGACAAGAGACGAGGGCUGAAAGUGAGCUCUAAAGCCGCCGAUGGGAACAGAGAGGUCUCGGGCAAACACAUCUGA